GAUGAGAGCGCGAGCACGGCGCUGCUUCUUCAUCGGCGAUCGCACACGGAUUCUGAGACGAUGGAUUACAAACUCUGAAUAAAGUUGCUAAUUAAUAGUGUUAUUAAUACCUGCUGGUCAUUUUGUACGUCAUAUUCUGACGCACUGAUUUUUUCUUCUUAAACAUACUAACAUCUUUACAUUGCUAUAAGCGCAAUGAUUUUGAUCGUUUAUCAUUAACGGCGGAAUAUAUAGGCUAUUUCAAGUUUUUAACUUUUUUUUUAUUUUUAUUUUAUAAAAACGCAUUUGAAAACAAUGGACUUAAUAUUCUGUAAAGUUCUGCUUGUGACUCUCCUGACUGUUCAGGUUCGUAGUGACAUAGUAUCACCGUCAAAACACCCAGGCCUGCAGGUGCUGGCCACAGCUUCACACUACUGGCCUCUGGAUUCAGUGGAAGGGAUCCACGGCCUCUCAGACCAGAUUGGGAACAGAACAGGUCAUGUUAAUGGGACUAAUAUAACUGUCAGAAUCCACAACCACACUGUCCUGACUACACAUAAUUCUUCCUCUGUGUAUACCAAUGACUCUGCCUACACUAACAUUUCCGCCACUGUAGACAUUGUAGAAGGAAUGGUGAAUAAGGGCAUCUAUCUGAGCGGUGAUAAUGGGGCCACUUUCCUUCACUUUGGCAACUAUAAAGACUCGUGCAUAAGUGAUCCUACUUUGUGUGGACCUGCCGGGAUCACUUUCUCCUUCUUUUGGAAAAAUAAUGAGGUAGACUCUCGUUUUGCGAUUGCAUCUGGAGGUAAAGUCAUCUCAAGCGGUUUCUCUGUCUACUCUAACCCUCACGGCGGAUACGUGGAGUUCUACACGAGAGGAAACUCCAAGACAUGGAAAGCUCAUAUUAAACUUCCAGGGCCCUACUGGACACACGUGCUCUUCACAUGGACCCCAACGGAGGGGUUAAAAGUCUACAUUAAUGGGACAUUCAGCGUUGGAGACCCCACAGGAAAUAUUUCUUAUAAUUAUGGCGAUCCCUAUGCCGACCUUGUCAUUGGCACAGGAAACACUGGGAAUUACAACCACUAUGCCACAGGGGCCUUCGAUGAGUUUGUGAUUUGGGAGAGGGCCUUGUCCCCUCAGGAUAUUUGGAAGUACUACAAAGCAGCCAUCGGUGAGAAUGUGAUGUCCACCUUCCCAACCGAAGCAUCCGUCAGUGUCACUGCUGCAACAGAUACUCAGUUAAAGAGAACCACAGAGAUCCCCCGACCUGCCUCCACAUACCUGACAAAGGCCGUUCAGAGACUUCAGGACCCCAUGCAGACACAAACACUCGACCUCCUUCAGUCUCUAUCAUUUAACUUUCCAAACAACACUAUACCUCAGGAAACAGCCAACAAUCUUACACAGUCUCUACUGAAAAGUGUGGAUGAGGUCAUAACUGCCAGCGACUGGAGAGAAAAUGAUGAGUGGAGUCCAGUGGUCAGUGGGCUGGUGGAGACCGUGGAUAAAGUGAUGGUGCACAUGGUCUCCAAGCUUCGGUCCAGCGCAGACGCAGAGGCUCCUUUGGCCAUAGGGGGCAAGAGCUCUGUAGCAGAUUACUCUCUGAUGAAGAUCCCUCAGAACUACAAUCUGCAAAGCUACAGGUUCCCCACACAAGGGAAGAGUUACAUCUCAGUACCAGGAGAGGCCCUCACAAUGCAGUCUCAGACCACAAUCGUGGGACUUUUCUACCACAAAAUGCACAACUACUACAGAAAAAUAAGCCCUUUACAAACAAGGAUAAAUGAGGCAGUGGAUUUCAAAGAUCAUAAGAUCCAGAUGGCCAGUCAUCUUAUUUCCCUGAAGGUGGAACCCUCUCCUGCCCUGUCACUCAACCUGUCCACUGAGCCGCUCAUCCGGAUCGUCCUCACACAUCAGCUGAGUAAAGAACAGCAGCUCCAGGCCUUAAACCAAAGUAAUAAAGUAUUCCUGUACUGUGCCUUCCUGGACUACAGCUCCAAAGAGGGUGUGUGGUCCAACGAGGGCUGUGUGAGAGCUGAUGGAAACCUGUCCUUCUCUAUUUGCUUGUGUAACCAUCUGACAAACUUUGCCAUCCUAAUGCAAGUGGUCCCCAUGGAGCUCUCAAAGGCCCACCAAGUGGCGCUGUCCACCAUUAGCUACAUCGGCUGCUCUGUCUCUAUUUUCUGCCUGGCAAUUACACUGGUCACCUUUGCUGUCCUGUCGUCUGUUAGCACCAUCCGUAAUCAGCGUUACCAUAUUCAUGCAAACUUGGCGUUUGCAAUCUUAGUUGCUCAAAUCCUUCUGCUCAUCAGUUUCCGCUUCAGUCCCGCCACGCUCCCGUGUAAGAUCAUGGCUAUAUUGCUGCAUUUUUUCUUCCUGUGUGCGUUUGCCUGGAUGCUGGUGGAAGGGCUGCAUCUCUACAGCAUGGUGGUCAAAGUGUUUGGCUCAGAGGGCAGCAAACACUUUUAUUACUAUGCAAUCGGAUGGGGAUGUCCUCUCGUCAUAUGUGUGGUGUCUAUGACCUCAUCACUAAACAGCUAUGGAGAGGAUGGCAAUUGCUGGCUGUCUCUGAAGACUGGGGCGAUUUGGGCUUUUGUAGCCCCUGCUCUGUUUGUAAUAAUGGUGAACAUUGGCAUUUUGAUAGCUGUGACACGGAUCAUAUCCAGGAUCAGCGCUGAGAACUAUAAGGUUCACCGAGACGCCAACUCUGUUAAGCUUACGACUAAAGCAGUGGCGGUACUCUUGCCCAUCCUGGGCAUAUCAUGGAUCUUUGGGGUUCUGGCGGUGAACGACCACUCCCUGCUUUUCCAGUACAUGUUUGCAGUGUUUAACUCACUACAGGGGUUCUUCAUCUUCCUGUUUCACUGUCUGUUAAACUCUGAGGUGAGGGCUGCUUUCAAACACAAAACUAAAGUGUGGAAUUUAACCAGCAGCUCAAUCCGCAACAUCAACGUCAAACCUUUCAACUCAGACAUAAUGAAUGGCCACAAGGGCGGUGUGGCUCCCACAAAGAUGAACACAUGGGACAAAAGCACCAACUCAGCCAACCGCAUAGAUUUGUCAGCAGUAUAAUGGCUUCUGGUCCAAAGAGAGCAAGAGGACAGCAGCAUAGCAUUUCUUCUAGAACAUGUGCCUUUUUGUAUCACAUUUUAAAUGGACUCCACAUGAUGAAACGGCUACAAACACUUGCAGCUAAAUGUAGAAUAGUUAACUCACAACACAAAGUCCUCUGAUGUCAUUUCCUCCUGCUGAUGAUCUCUCUAAUUCAAACAAAGGAUGGAGACACACGGCCCAUUGUUUGAAUGACUUUUUGAUGGUUUGCUAAUAAUGUGGUCUGCUAAGGAAUCUGAAUUCAAGUAAACACACUAACUCUCACAGACAGGAGACUCUCCAGAGUUACAGUGUGUGAACUGUAACAGUGUUUGCUUGCUUUGAAUUUGUUUUGGACAACGCACUAGACCUGUGCAACAUUUGGACCAUUGUUUGACCAUCUAUUAAACAAUAGAAUCAUCAAGUACAAAUCUGGAGUGUCUCAACUUUAAUGAGAACGCUUCUUUGCAAUCGGCCUAAAUGAGGCAGUAGCUUCUAUUAAUUCCUGUCCAGCUGCCCACCAGCUAUGGCUUUAAAUUAGACCUGGAAGAGAAGUACAAUACUGGUGAAAAACUCUGGAGUUCCUCCUCAUUAUUGUGACGGUUUUCUCUUUUUUAACCUAGCAUUGUAAAUGGCACUUGUUUUGAACCAAAUAGGAAUUUGAGGUCAAUGAAAUAUUUAUGGUCAUUUAUAAUAUUGCACAACUUUAUAAUAUUUUGUGUGUGUGUGUGUGUGUGUGUGCGUGCGUGUGUGUGUGCGUGCGUGCGUGUGCGUGUGUUUGUGUGUGUGUGUGUGUGUGUGUGUGUGUGUGUGUGUGUGUGUGAAGGAAUGUUAAGGGGUAUGGAUGAGAUAAGAUGCAUUAAAAAUGUGUUUGGUAAUUAACAAAUGAUGUUAAUAAAUACUAAUAUUAAUUAUUAAAAUGUCAUGAUACGAAACGAACACAUUCAGUUUUUAUACCACAAUAGAUAUAGCUUUGUUGUUUCACUGAAAUAGUUUGAUGCUGUUGAGAAGGUCAGGACCUAUGAAGUGUGAAAAGCAAUACAGACAUGUGAGGUAUUUCAUGCUGGAUUCAAUUCAUGUUAGAUAAUAGCUUAUUUAAUAAUUCACAGAACAAUAAACAAGGGACUUGUGUCUCUUUAAAAUUGUGCCUAAUUGUACCCUAUUCAUUCACAGUGCCAAAAAGUUUUCAUAAUGUCAUGUUAUGUGUCAGUAUGCAUUGUUUCGUAAAGGUAAACACUUUUGUGAUGUACAUAGCACAGAACUGAUGCUAAAUGCCUUAAAACCAGCGUGACACACACGGCCAUACAAGUGUCUGUAAUUGUGCCGUCGUAAAUGUAUUUAUUACCAAAAAAGGUCAGUGUAUUAUGUGUGACCAUUUAUAUCUUUAAAUUAUUGUCGUCGUCAUGUUCCAACGAGACUUUGAUACUGCUUGAAAGAGCUUCUUUUACAGUAUCAUAACACUGUUUUUAUCAACAUUAUAGCUUAAUCAGCUAUUUUGUAGUUUAUUAGUGAAUGUCUUCAUGUUCAUGCUCUCCGCCAAGAACAAACUUUGUUAUAGUACCAAGAGUUCGAGAGAGUUUCUACCAAAUGAACAUUUAUAGGCCAAGUGCACUUCCUGUCCGAUUGUUAUUUAAUAUUUGAACAUGCUUAUGUACUUCUGUCACUAUAUUUUUGUCUUUAACCCAUUCGUGUGAUGUUUUUCCUAUGAAAAUUCUGAUGUUAUUAUCAGGAGGAACAUGGAGUGAUAGUAUAAGAUUUAUACAUUUUCAGAUUACACAAAGUAUGAUCUCUGAACACACACACAAAAGGCCAUAGCAGUGUUCUGAGAUUAUGCUGUAAAAUAUAAAGUGACUUUUACAGAGGAAGUGCCUUGGCUCGACAGAUUCCAGUAAAGAGUGUUGUUUUUAACUGUAUAAUGUGAGAAAUCUUCCUGUGAUGUUUUUGAUUGAUUCCGUUUUCCUGAUUUAUUCUGUUCUAAUGCAAAUGCAUUUUUCACAGUCCUCUUUUAUGCAUAAUAAAAACGUUUAUUUAAGUCUAAAAACUGUACUGUGAUAUGACAUACAUGGGUUGUACAUAUUUAGUAUGAAUAUUAAGACGGACCUUUUCUGUUUAAUUAUAAGGGUAGAUCUGCAGAACUGAUUUAAUAGAAGCAAACUAUUUACAAACUGCUUAAAGGUUCUGUCACUGUUCAUUUCAAACAUUAUUUUCAUGAUGUGAAUUCCUAACAAACUCUCCCUGUGAUGCUGACUGCUUAUUCACCAAGAGCACAGGGAUAUUUAAUAGAUACUUAUGAGCUUAUUAAACGUGUUUUCUGUUUGUUGAACGGGACUUCAUUAGGGUUUACUGUGAAGAAGGAUUUCCUAUGGACAGUGAGGCAUUAAAAACCAUAUGCUGAAUGUCUUCACAUGUAAA